UCGCGUCAUGUUCUUUCAGAUCGCCCUUCAACUCUCUCUUCUGCUUUUGACAACAGCACACUUCCAGCUUCAAUUCCCUUCACCGCGAGGACCAUUCAACGAGGAUCAAGAACCAAACUUUUGCGAUGGUUACACCACUCCGGCAAGCAACAGGACUCAGCUCUCCUUGACCGACAGCUACAUAUCUCUGGUGUCUGAACAUCCCAGCUGGGUCGUAACGGUUCUCCUGGCCAACACUCCCAACCCUACGUCGUUCGACAACUUUACGCAAGUCACUGCCUUCACCAAGAACACUGGAGAAGGGACUUUUUGUAUGCCGUUUAGCCUGACACAGAGCAAUGCGACAGCCCUCGGUCUCCAGGAUGGGCAGAAUGUUACGCUUCAAGUAAGUGACUUCUUGAAUCCAUGUGGAAAUCUUCUGACGCUCGUUUGCCAAGGUUCUAUUUGCUGCCGACGACGGUAAAUUAUUCCAGUGUGCCGAUGUAACGCUUUCCAACUCUUCCACAAAUGCUCAACCUAGUUCUGGCUGUCAACCUGCACAGCUUCAAGCAAGCAGCAAUGGAAGUAGCGGUAGUGGUACGAGCGGAAAAAAUGGCGUCGCCGAGAAGCUGACUGGGCGCACGAGUAUUCCGAGUGCCAUAGCGAUGAUUCUCAUCACAUUUGGCCUCCUCCAUGCUUUCUAAGUAUGAUAGCUAGGGCUGUUGAGACGAUUAUGUAUGUACCUCUUUUCGGAUAGAUCGCAGCAAUGAACAAUCGCGAUCAACUCUCGAUCACAAUCCAC